AAACAAGCGAACCGGAAGAGAGUAAGGCCGAUGCACAAAAGAGAACGGUCCACUUCCGUUCCGGCCCCAACGCAGCGGAAACACGUUGAGUUGAAAGCGGAAGUGGCUCUCAUGUGGGUGGGCGUAGUGAGAACCAGGCGCAGAUCCUGAGUCUUAGCUACUUUCUGCAUGUUGUCAUCCUGUGUGCGCUUGGUUUCCCUCAAGUUCCACCCUCCUCGGUCAUUGGUCAGCAGAAAGUUCCAGGCUUUCCAGUUCUUGGUCAGCAGUCCUUCACGUCCUUUCAUGGAUCUGAAAGCUCUUGUUUCAUCAUUGAAUGACUUUGCAUCACUUUCAUUAGCUGAAAACUGGGACAAUGUUGGAUUAUUGGUGGAACCAAGUCCACCCCAUACUGUGAAGACACUUUUGCUAACAAAUGACCUGACUGAGGAAGUGAUGGAGGAGGCGCUCCAAAAGAAAGCAGAUCUCAUUCUCUCCUAUCAUCCACCUAUUUUCCGACCACUCAAGCGCAUAACGUGGAAAACAUGGAAGGAGCGUCUGGUGAUCCGGGCUUUGGAGAAUAGAAUUGGUAUCUACUCUCCACAUACUGCCUAUGAUGCUUUACCCCAGGGAGUCAACAACUGGUUAGCAAAAGGGCUUGGAGGUUGUACCUCUCUUCCAAUACAUCCAUCGAAAGCUCCCAGCUAUCCAACAAUAGGAACCCAUCGAGUGGAGUUUAACAUAAAUGAUACCCCAAGCAUGGACAAAUUCAUGUCUGCAGUGAAAGAGAUACCAGAAGUUUCGAUAACUACCUUCUCUGCUAGGAAUGAUGGAGAAGAACAAAUACGAGUCAGCUUGAACUGUACCCAGAAAGCAUUGCUGCAAGUGGUGGCUUUUCUCUCAGAAAAUAGUCGUCUUUAUCAGAAGACUGAGAUUCUGUCACUGGAAAAACCCCUGCUUCUGAAUACUGGGAUGGGAAGAUCAUGUACACUGGAUGAAUCUGUCUCCCUGGCAACCAUGAUUGAACGAAUCAAAGGUCACCUAAAACUACCCCAUGUCCGCCUCGCCCUUGGAGCAGGGAAGACUUUAGAGUCGAAAGUCAGAGUAGUAGCCUUGUGUGCCGGUGCUGGGAGCAGUGUCCUUCAGGGUGUGGAAGCAGAUCUUUACCUUACAGGUGAGAUGUCACACCAUGAUGUCCUCGAUGCUGCUGCCCAAGGGAUAAAUGUCAUUCUUUGUGACCAUAGCAACACUGAACGAGGCUUCCUAUCAGAACUUCAAGACACACUGGCAGUUCACCUAGAGAAUAAGGUCAACAUUAUCUUGUCAGAGACAGACAGAGACCCUCUUCAGGUGGUAUGAAAUAGGCCAGCAACAUCUGGGUUACUGCACUGCUACGUAAAUCCACUGAAUCCUGAAAAGGUUCUGCUCCGGAAUUGGGUCCACCUCAAAGUGGUGUGCCCAAUAAUGGCUCAUUUUUGUGUAGUUUGAUGAACUGGCUUAAUUGAGUCUGUUUUAUUAAAACAAAAGAUGGGGGGGCCGCUAGGUGGCGCAGUGUAUAAAGCACUGGCCCUGGAUUCAGGAGGACCUGAGUUCAAAUCCAGCCUCAGAUACUUGACACUUACUAGCUUUGUGACCCUAGGCAAGGCAACCCUCAUUGCCCUGCAAAAAACCCCAAAAAACAAACAAAAAAAAACCCCAAAAGAUGUUUGCUACAAACCUGAUAAAGAAUAUGGAAAUUGGUUUCUUUAUAAAAGCAUUAUUGGAAGUUAGCUUCAAGUAACCUAAUACUUUGCUCCACUGACAUUUCUGUGUUAGCUUUUAUUUUACUUAAAAUAUUCUAUACUACUGUAAACAUGAGCUCAUAAAGGGUAAGGACUUUCUCCGUGUUCUUAAAAAGUCAGGAAUCACUGAGGAAAUUAAUUAAAAUUGUUCUGUAUUAUUUAAUAAUUGAUCCUGUUUUGUAAUUAACCCUGUUCCCCAUUUUGUUGAGCCACAUUUCUCAGUUCUGGAGUUAAACUCAAGCAUGUGGUCUUUCCUAGUCCAAAUUAGUUUAAAGGUGUGGUUGAAAGGGAAUGUGAUGAUCACUCAUGCCCCUGGGACAUCUGAUUGUAGUGAUUGUUGUCUGUCAGUCCCAAUCUGUUAAACCUGGUGUCAACCCCUCAACUGACAAGUUAUCUAUUCUUGUCAGUCCUUGUGUGAUUAGAGUAGGCUUGAUCUCCCCCAAAGGGGAUUCAAACUGGGUGGUUCUGGUCCCCUAACCAAGAUUACUAGUGGCAGUUGAGUCCCACAAAACAAUUAACAUUCCUUAAUUGUCAGAGAGGGGAGUGGUUAGCUAUACACACCUGAAUGCCAACACACUUUUCCCCUCCCCUUCUUUCCCUGGUGUCAAAAAAGAGAAUCCCCUCCCCCUUUUCUCCUUGAGAUUUCUUGGCCUUACUGAGGUGGCCAGUAUGACCUACUUUGUUAACAUUAUAUUCAUCAUUGUUAAUAAAUUGAUUAUACUCAGAAAAUGAACUUUAUUGGCAUUUACUUGCCACAUCACCAGCCAAAACUGGACACAAAUUUGUCAGUAUCUUCACUGAAUGUAAAUGAGAUUUGUUGAGUAUUUUACUAAAAAUUUCUUCUGCAGUUAUUUUAGUACUCUGAAAAAAUGAGAAACCUUAAACAGAACACAGAAAUGUGGAAAUUGCUUUCCUAUAGUUUUUGUUGUUCAAUUGUGUCUGUAUUUGGGAUUUUCUUGGCAGAGACACUGGAAUGGUUUGUCAUUUCCUUCUCUAGCUCAUUUUACAGAUGAGGAAACUAAGGCAACAGGGUUAAGUGAUUUGCCCAGGGUCACUUAUCCAGUAAGUGUCGGAGACCAGACUUGAAUUUGGGAAGAUAAGUCUUCCUGACUCCAGGCUGGUACACUCAAUCCACUGCACCACCUAGCUGUCCUUUAGGCAGUCAAGAAAGCCCAGUAAGGUCAAGCUAUGGGCUGGCUUGCUUCCCCUAUUUCUUUCCCUAUUACCCAUAUUCCAACAGGCACUGUACUAAUCACUGCCCUCUUGUCUCUACCAGAGGUAACACAAAGCGCAGAUUCAUCCUAGUUCACUACCCCCUUUCCCAUAGUUGCUGAAGACUUGGCUUCUCACACUGCUUGGAUGAGAGAGGAAGGAGAAGUCAUGAAUUACAAUCCUGAGAAUUAAGACCACAGGGCUUUAACAUCUGCCAUAGCAUAGCUCCUUCAAGUCUACCAGAUGUUUUACUAUCUGUGUUGAAGCUGAACCUCCUUUAUGUGUUAUCUCCCCCCAUUAAAGGAGAGCUCCUUGGGUAGGGUUUUUUCUUUGUAGGCCAACAUUUAGCACAGUUAAUGGCAAUAAGCAAAUAUUUUUCUAUUCCAUGCUACUUGUUUUUGAGUAACAAGUUGUUUAGUAGAUCUAGAAUUCUCAACAACUGUACUGAGUCCAUUAUACAUUUGUUAUCCAACUUCAGCUGGGCCCUUGCUGUACCAAGGCCGAGCUUCUGUUACUCCCAUUACAACCUCAUUCUGCCCUCUAUUUAAUCUUCAACCUCCUUCCUAGCUACCAGUUCCUUCCCUGCUGCCUUCAAACUUACCCAAGUUCUCUCCAUCUUUUAAAAAUACCUACUCUUAGGGGGCAGCUAGGUGGCUCAGUGGAUAAAGCACUGGCCCUGGAUUCAGGAGGACCUGAAUUCAAAUCUGGCCUCAGAUACUUGACACUUACCAGCUAUAUGACCCUGGGCAAGUCACUUAACCCUCAUUGCCCUGCAAAAAAAAAGAGAGAAAGAAAAAUACCUACUUUUUUUCCUAUCAUUCCCUCGAGCUAUCAUCCUAAAUCUCCUUUUCUCAGUCAAACUCUCUGAAAAGGUUGCCUCCAACCUCCCCCCACCAAUCUAGUCUGCAUGCCUCAAGCUUCUUCCAAGCCACUUUAUCCAACACACUGGUGCCAAAGGAACUUUAAUUAAGAGCAGAUCUGACCACAUCACUUCUCUAAUCAAUUCAAGUGGCUUCCUAGUUCCUCUAAGAUAAAUUAUAAACUUCCCUGUUUAGCUUUAAGCAUUCCACAACCUGGCCUGCCUUAUUUUUUUCAGCCCUAGCGUAUGUUAUCCUUGGCCACUUUGCAACCUAGCCAAUCUGUCUUCUCUGGCAAGUCACUUAUUCCUGAUUCCCCCCUGCCCCCCCCCCAAAAAACACAGAAGCAUCCCCUUCCUCACCCUCUCCUCACAUUCCACCACCAAUACCAAUUGCAGAUGCAUUCCCCCUCCCAAACAACCUUGUAUUUGAUUGUGUUGGUCUUCUUCACAAUUAUUAAUACACAUAUGUGUUUUCAUGUAUAUGAAUAUAUGUAGACACAUGUACUUAUGAAUAUAUAUAUAUAUAUAUAUAUAUAUAUAUAUAUAUAUGUACUUGUCAUUAGAAUGUAAGAUGUUCAUGAGUAGGAAUUGUUUCAUUCCAUGUACUUGUGUCUCCAGAGCCUAGUACUGUGCUUGGCAAAUAAUAGGCACUUAAUAUAUGCUUGUUAAUUGAUAUGGAGUCUCUUGCAAUAGAAGUGUCACUGAAAAGGAUUCUUUACUUUCUACUACAUAAAGGUUUGAAUCGUAUUUGCUUUUUCCAGAAAUUGUAUAGAUGGCUAAAUAAUUACAAAGAUUAUGAAGCUCACUAAAUUUCUAUGGUGAAGUCUAGGAAAAGCUUGGCAAAAACCUAGCCAUUACCACAACAUUUUGCUUUCCAAAUAUCUCUAACAAGAAUAUGGUAAGCUCAGCAAAGCCAACUUCAAAUUACUGCAUAUAUAUAAUAAGUUUUGUACUUUUCAACUGAAGCAACUAGAGACAUGUUUGUUCCCCCCUUUCUAAACUAUCAACUAUUCUGUGAGGGAAGGGGGGAGCUAAUAUGCAGGUGGCAUUGCUAAUAAGCAAAAAAGGAAAAAAGUAAGGUACUAAACUUGCAAUCCUCCCAAGUAAAUCCAUCUACACAUAAGUUUAUUCAUUUCCCAAGAAUUAGUACCAAAGCUGCCUAUCAUCUGUUACCUGAUGGGCAGUUGUUCACACUGGACCUUCAAGAAUCAUUCUGUCACCUGGAAUGUAGAGGGUACAUGCUGAAGUAUAACUAGCAAAAAACAGAUGAAAGUUAUUUCAAGGUUCUACUUUUUAAAAAGACAUGUCCAGCAAAAUCAAUACCUAGAUCACAGAUUCUUAACCUAGUGUCUGUGAACCUUUUUUUUUUUUUAAGUAUCAUGAUAACUACAUUAGGUUUCCUUUGUAAUUCUAUGUGUUUCAUGUGUUUAAAAACAUUUUGAGGAGUCCAUAGAUUUCAUCAGCUUGCUGAAGGGGUCUGUGGCCAAAAACGGUUAAGAACUUCUGAUUUAGAGUAAUACUUUUUCUCAUAACUUUUUAUAAAUUUCCUUCUGAAUCUUUCUUAUAACAAAAACAUUUAAGCAAAUCCAACUGGCUCAGCAAUACCCCAGUUCCACAUCUGUAGCUUCCACCACUUGAAGAUGAUUUCAACAAAUUCCAAAAGCUCUUCCUUCAUGUACAUUUAGGUUGCGCUCUCCCUAUUAUAUAUGAUAUACACUGUUGAAAUGUUGUUUUCAGAAGGAAAAAAUGCUUUCAGGUGUUUAUUAUUGUUACAUUUUGUUAAUCUGUACUUAGCACCAUGUACGAGGUCAGUACUUUAAAGAUUCCAUAUCCAUCAGUGUGAGCAUUUCCUUCACCAGUACUGAUCAUGGCUCCUCUAAAUUUAGCUCAGGCUUCUAGAGAGUCUGUGGAUAAAAAAAUUAAGUUCCCUGAAACCAACCGGGUAAAAUCAGGUUCUCCAGCAACUGAGGGUUGUCAUCAUUGAGUCUGAUAGUGAAGCCUUUUCAGUUUCACUGGACCUGCCGGAGUUUACAUUCGACUGACUUAGCCCCUGGGAAUUCUGGCUCCCUCUCCUCACAAUGAGGCAUGAAGAUUUCUGGAAUUCCCCCUUUUCAGGGCCAUGAUCUAGUUCAGAGACCCAGGAGCUUUAGUGAAUGAGGGUCAGGAAGUAACAUUAAAUAACAGCAAGCAUAAGAGACAGAGGCAGGCAUGGGUACUUGGGGCUGCCUGGCUGGCCUUCCCGUCCCUCUGCAGACACAUUCCACAGGCUUCAUGUUACUUUUUUAUAGUCUUUUCCUCCAUCAAGCCAGCUCCUAUUCAUUUUAGCUACAUUUUCAUCUGCAUAAAAAUGGUCAUUGGAGCUGUCCUUCACAAUGUUUGGAUUUUUCGCUCCCCUUUGAAGAUAGAUAGCUCAAUUAAAAAACCAUGGUAAGGCUCUCUGUAGUCAUUUAUUCACAGGCUACUUUAAAGUAUCUGACGGUAAGCUACACAAAGAGAUUGAAUUAUGACAUUUAAGAGCUACCUGAAUACACUGGCAAAUGAUACAAUACUGACUGGCAAAAUAGAUCUUGAAGUUCUACAAGAGGUGGAAUAACGAGACCUCUGUAGCUCUCGUUUUCCACAAAGCAGGUAUCUAAGAUUCUUUCUCUCCUUUCUUUCAUAUCUAAGAACAAACGCUCCACUAAACAUCCAUAAGUUAUUUAUUUCAUGUUUUAUUUCAUUUACUGUAAAAAAAAAACCCCAUCCACUUUCAAUAAU